UUUCUUAUCUCGGAGAUACAACAAGAUGAUCUACAUAUGUUAGAGUUUUAUCUGCUUCCUUUUUUUCUUGAUGAAAAUGCCUAAAUAUAGAUAUAUUCUGAAGAUGCCCAAAUACACGACGUCACUGUCUUGCGUCGUUGCCGUGCCCAGAGCUGGCGCGCGAGGUGUCUAAAAUCAACAGCAGGGCCACCUCAGGCGGCCCGCCCCGGCGACGACGUCGGCCAGCCUACCACGAGGUGCGCCGCCGUAAGAUGGAGGAGAUGAUCACCGCGCAACGCGGGGCCAGCCGCCAGCCGGCGGGAGCAGCACCGCCUUCCGAUCCGGGUCACCGACAGGGAAGGCAGGCAGCGCACGGAGGUCGUUGUAGACAUCCUGUCCGCCGAGAAAGCCGGCGGCGCGCGGCCGGGCAGGAGGACGUGACGCGCGCAAGGAACUAAAGGCCGUGGCCUGCGGUGCCGGGCGGCGCAGCGGCCGGCGGCGCGCGGGCAGCGGAGGACACCGGCCACCUUACGGCCUGCGCGGAGCACGACUCUGGUGGAGGAUCGCAACGGGAGCGCCGUCGUCACCGUGCGGUGGACACAGCUGAUGACGCCGAGCGCGACGGCGGCGGCGCGGACCGGGCGCGCGCGGCGGAGGAGAGCGCCGGCACCAGCGCCGGUCGGGGCGGACGGUAUUUCGUUUACCGUCCGGGUCCGAGGUCAUCUGGACCGUCGGAUCCGUACGUUGCGGCCACGAUGCGACCUGGCGGCUUCAUGCCGGCAUCAACAAGAAAAAAAGGAAAAGAAAGGAUAAGCCACUAACUAAGUGGGCUGCCAGCCUGCCCAGCCCACCAAGCCGGCCCACGUUGUAUUCACUUAAGCCUCUGCAUCAACAAGGCAAAGCCGCGCCGCCGCCGUUUUCCGCCGGCAGCUCCGUUCCGGGACCCCUGCUCCGCCGUCUACCUCCUCCUUGCCGCCCGCGCUCGCGGUGUGCGGCAUCCUCCGCCGCCGCUCCCGCCUCCCGCGCCCCCCGCAGGCUGUCCUGUGAGCUCUCUCGCGCCGCGCUGCGCCGCUCGAGCUCCCGCUCCCGCCGCAUUCCGCCCGCCGCGCGCGAAGGGACCCUCUCCGAUCUCCGGCGAGACGCUAGCAGCGGUAGGAGAGGGUACGAUGGCUUCGGAGGAGGAGGGGCAGUGGGUGCUGAUGGCGACGGGGCGGUCGCCGACCAACAUCGCGGUGAUCAAGUACUGGGGGAAGCGCGACGAGGCGCUCAUCCUCCCCGUCAACGACAGCAUCAGCGUCACCCUCGAUCCCGACCACCUCUCCGCCACCACCACCGUCGCCGUCAGCCCGUCCUUCUCCGCCGACCGCAUGUGGCUCAACGGCAAGGAAAUCUCGUUGUCAGGAGGAAGGUUUCAGAGCUGCCUGAGAGAGAUCAGGAAGCGUGCUCGUGAUUUUGAGGAUGAAAAGAAGGGGAUCAAGAUAAAGAAAGAGGACUGGGAGAAGUUGCAUGUCCACAUAGCUUCGUAUAACAACUUCCCCACCGCUGCUGGUUUGGCCUCCUCGGCUGCUGGCUUUGCUUGUCUCGUUUUCACCCUUGGAAAGCUAAUGAAUGUGAAAGAAGACUAUGGAGAGCUUUCUUCAAUAGCAAGGCAGGGAUCUGGGAGUGCAUGCCGCAGUAUCUAUGGUGGAUUUGUGAAAUGGUGUAUGGGAAAAAAAGAUGAUGGAAGUGACAGUAUUGCGGUGCAGCUUGCUGAUGAAGCACAUUGGAAGGAUCUUGUAAUUAUUAUUGCAGUGGUCAGUUCAAAGCAGAAGGAAACAAGUAGCACCAGUGGGAUGCGGGAUAGUGUUGAAACAAGUCCCCUCUUGCAGUACAGGGCCCAGACUGUAGUGCCAAGUCGGGUGUUGAAAAUGGAAGAGGCUAUCAAGAAUCACGACUUUGAAUUGUUUGCCAAGUUAACUUGUGCUGAUAGCAAUCAGUUUCAUGCUGUAUGUUUAGAUACGAGCCCUCCCAUCUUUUAUAUGAAUGAUACAUCACACAGGAUAAUUGGUCUUGUAGAAAAGUGGAACCACUCGGAAGGAUGCCCACAGGUUGCCUACACCUUCGAUGCUGGCCCUAACGCAGUUUUAAUUGCAUGGGACCGUAAAACUGCAGUACUUCUCCUUCAGAAGCUCUUGUACUAUUUCCCUCCACAAGACAAGGAUUUGAGCAGCUAUUUGGUCGGCGACAAAUCAAUUCUAAGUGAUGCUGGAUUGCAUUCCAUAGAAGACGUUGAGGCUCUCCCAGCACCUCCAGAAAUGAAGAUGCAUGAUCAGAAAUUCAAGGGCGACGUUAGCUACUUCAUCUGCAGCAGGCUUGGGGCUGGACCAAAGGCUGUCGCUGACGAAAGCCAAGCACUGCUCGAUUCUGUCACGGGGAUUCCAAAAGGAGUGUGAUUUUAGAGUACUGGUUUGGCUUGAUACCUUAGGAUUGUGUACUGUUUGGUUUUUAUAAACAGCUCGUGGUUCCCGUUCGGCGGCGAGACGAGGACCACCUCCGCCGGGAUCAGAAGCUGGCGUUGCUCCCAACCCAAUCAUUUCCAGUUCCAGAUGAACACCACCAGCAGGCAAUGCAUAUGGGGUUACUACACAUGAACGACUGAAAUGAAAUACAUUAUACGUGGAUGAUGAUUGGUAGAUCCAGCCUGGUCCAGCCUUGUGAGAUUCUCCAUGAUCAUCUUGAUGAGAUCGUAAGAUAAUAAAAGACAGACCCAUCUUUUUUUUAGAA